AUGUUUUCAAAGAUAGCCUGCAUAAACACGGGUCUGUUCAACGGUCUGCCGUAUGCUAUGGUGGCAGGCAUAGGUGCUGUGAUGCACGUUUACCUGUUACAGUGGAUGGGAGGAGUUCAAAAAGCUUUGACAGAUCAUGAUACUCAGUUCAAGGCAUCUUUUGACAUCAUCAAGGACAAUCUGAUAGAGUAUGAUACCAGGUGCCCUGACAAAUUUGUGCAGUUACAGAAGUAUGUUGUUGAUACAAUGCUCCAACUGGUUGGCCCUGACACCAUGGGAGGCGGAGGGAAGGAGUUCUUCCUCACCUUCAACAAGGAUGAGGAGACUAACUACUUUGGAGUUGGUGGCUCCAUUGAUGAAUGA